AUGAUAGCACGGCAAUCUUAUAGAAAACUUUUUAGAAAUAUUUCAAUUACAAGAGCAUUUUCAAACUCGCAUUUGCGAAUACUGGAAACUAAAAAGGAACCUCAAGCCAAUUCUUCAUCGUCUCCACCUCCACAUACCGAUGAUUUGUACUUUGGAAAGUUCACGAAAGAAGAGUACGAAGAUGCCAAAAAGAUAAUUCAAGAGCAAAUAUCAAAACUAGAAGGGCAAAUUAAGGGAGAUUACAAUGUUCGUGAGAAUUUAGGAAAGUUUUCUCAAUUCCCUGAGCCAGCGUCACAAGAUUCAAAACCAGUCAAAGUUGAAAACCUUAGUGAUUUCUUUCGCCAAACAAUCAAAUUAACUGGUCCUAUUCCAUUGAGCACCUACAUGAGACAAUGUUUAACACAUCCAGAGUUUGGCUAUUAUACAACCAGAGACCCAUUAAAUUUGCGGACAGGUGAUUUUAUUACGUCUCCCGAGAUUUCCUCUGUGUUUGGAGAGAUGAUUGGAAUUUGGUAUUUCAGUAUUUGGCAGCAGCAAAAAUAUCCAGAAUCAAUUAGGUUUAUUGAAUUUGGUCCUGGUAAAGGUACGUUGAUCCAUGACAUCAUGAAAACAUUCAAUAAGUUUGUCGAAAAAUUGUUACCCAGUGACCAAAAGCGACCAAAAAUUGAAAUUGCAUUAAUUGAAGCAUCACAUGUAUUACGUAAAGAACAAUGGAAAUUAUUAUGUAACCCCGAAGAUCCUAUGGAAACCACUGGAGAAGGAUAUAAUAGAUCAGCUACAAAGUGGAAUAAUGAUAUAAUUUGGUUUGAUACUGAGAAAGAUAUCCAGCAAGGUGAUAAGAAUGUGGCAAACUUUAUAGUAGCUCAUGAAUUCUUUGAUGCUUUACCUAUAAAAAGUUUUAUCCGUGAAGAGAAGGGAUGGAGAGAGUUAGUGGUUGAGCACACACCCAGUGUCAACAACACUCAACCCAAAUUGGAAGAGUCGACCAGUGCCAGGGGAGCUAAUAAAUUUGAGACGGACGACUCGUUAGAUACUGAAUUCCAUUUGACGAUUGCACCAAAAGAAACACCCUCUUCAAUGAUCCCACAAAUCAGUAAAAGAUAUCGAGACUUACCUGUGGGUACUAGAAUUGAAAUUUGUCCGGAUGCAGAACUAUAUAUCAUGAAAAUGGCAAAGUUGUUGAGUGACAGUAAUGAUAAAGGGGCAAUAUUAGUAAUAGAUUAUGGGACUGAGAAUGAGAUUCCAGAGAACUCCUUACGUGGAAUCUAUCAACACAAAUUUGUUUCUCCGUUUUGGAACCCUGGUGAAGUUGAUUUAUCAAUCGACGUGGACUUUCAAGCCUUGAAGCAAUUGACUGAAGGAAUAGUUGAUAUUUAUGGCCCACUCAAGCAAGGUGACUGGUUGCACAAUAUCGGAAUAGGAUAUAGAAUUGACCAAGUAUUAAAAAAGAAUGAACAAGACCCAGAAGUACAAGAUAAGAUAUAUGGUGCAUAUAGAAGACUUACUGAUGGCGAGCAAAUGGGUAGCAUUUACAAAUUUAUGGCAUUACUACCAAAAGGGUCUAACAAUCCACCUGGAUUUUAA